UUUUUUCUGAAUUGAAAAAAACAAUCAAUCUCUUUUUGAAAUAUUAAAUUAUCUACGCAUAGGAUCUUUUGUAUAACCAUGUUACGAAAUUUGAGUUCGAACCUUAAGAAGAGACGUGCUUCACACAACGGUAACUCUCUCUCUCCCCCUCUCUCAUAAGUAAUCUGCAGUUUGUGUCUUCGGCUCGUUGACCUAUUGAAAAACACUGUAUUUUGCUUAAUUGUUAUAGCUUUACAAAUUCGCAAUGUCUAAAUCUGUUAGUUCUGCUGUUAAAGCUGUGGAUUGGGCAGCCGUCCCUAGUAAGUUGAAAUUGGACGCUGGUACUGCUUCUGCCCUUGCCAACUUUCGUUCUCGUCAUGCCCAAGCUGCUGCAAAACUUGGUUCUUUGAAAGAACAACUUACCACAGUCGAUUUUGCUUCUUACCGUCAGGUGCUCAAAAACCAAGAAAUCGUGAACCGUAUUGAGUCGUCUGUGACCUCUUUCAAGCCAGUAAAGAUUAACUUGGAUUCUCAGUUGAAGGCUAUUAACGCUUUCGAAGGUAAGGCUGUCGGUAGUGCCAAGAAGAACGUCGAGAUGAUCAAGACUGAAUUGGAAAGCUUGAGUACUACUUUGAAGAACAUUGAGCAAGCCCGCCCCACCAGUGAAAUUACUAUUGAGGACAUGAAGACUGCUGUUCCUGAAGUUGAGAAGAUUGUUGAAACUAUGGUCACAAAGGGUAAAUGGGUUGUUCCUGGUUACCGCGAAAAGUUUGGCGAUUUGAGUAUCAUGUAAACUCACAGUAUAACCCAUCUGAUUGGUCUUCUACGACCGAGAAAAGCUUUUUCUAAACAAUCAGGUAUUCAUUGCUUCCUGGUUCGUAAAUUAGCUCGUGAUCGUUCCUUUUACAGCCCUCUUUGUUGUAGUUAAUUCAACUAUGAGCAAGCACGUUAGGCUAAUCCUUAAGAGUCAAUGAAAUAU